AUCCACAAACUCAAGAGCAUAAACAGUAACACAGGAUAUUUUGAUGUCACUAUGGUUACGAAAGCCAGCCCGCCACUCAAUCUUAGUUCUCUAUUUUUCACUAUGUGUCACUCUGCUCUAAAAGCCUGGGGCAACGUGGUCUUUGCUGAACUCUGAGAGAACAAUUAUAAUCUCAUGCCAAGGAGGAACUAUCCUGUUUAACUCUCAUACUUUGGAAGAAUACAGAAAUACAGUUGAUUUUGCUAGCUUCACAAUAGCCACUAGCCCAAUGAUGGAGGUGAUGAGGACCUCCAGCCAUGCAAACCCAACCCCUACCCCCACCCUGAAUGACUCAAACACCUGCACGACACUGUAUGACCACCUGGAGUACGCCCGAGUCCUCAUGCCCCUCUUCUACAGCAUUGUCUUCUCCGUGGGGUUGCUGGGCAACGCCCUGGCGCUGCAUGUCAUCCGGCCCAACCUAAAGAAGAUGAACUCCACCACGCUCUACUCCACCAACCUGGUCAUCUCUGACAUCCUGUUCACACUGUCACUACCGUUACGGAUAAUCUACUACGCCCUGGGCUUCCACUGGCCCCUGGGGGAUUCCCUGUGUAAGAUCACAGGGCUGAUCUUCUACAUCAACACGUAUGCCGGGGUCAACUUUAUGACCUGCCUCAGUGUGGACCGAUUCAUUGCUGUGGUCUUGCCGCUCCGGUUUGCACGCUUCCGGAAGGUCUCCAAUGUCCGGUUCAUCUGCAUUGGGGUGUGGUUGCUGGUCUUAAUGCAAACUUUGCCUCUCCUCUCCAUGCCCAUGACUAAUGUGGAGUCUGAUGGCUUCAUCACUUGUAUGGAGUAUCCUAACUUUGACCAGGUGCCCAACAUCGCCUACAUGCUGAUCGGCGCCGUGUUCCUAGGCUAUGGAGUCCCCGUGGUGACUAUCUUAUUGUGCUACUCCAUACUGUGCUGUAAACUCCGCCUCUCGGCAAAGACCAAUCACUUAACGGACAAGUCGGGGCGCAGCCGCAAAGCCGUUGGGGUGAUCUGCUGCGUCUCCCUGGUGUUCGUGGUGUGUUUCAGCCCCUACCACAUCAACCUCCUCCAAUACAUGAUCCGAAAGCUGAUCUAUGAAACGGACUGUGCUGAACUCACUGCCUUCCAGAUCUCCUUACACUUCACUGUUUGUCUGAUGAACCUUAACUCCUGCCUGGAUCCAUUUAUCUACUUCUUUGCCUGUAAGGGUUACAAGAGGAAGGUGCUGAAGAUCCUGAAGAGGCAGGUGAGCGUGUCCUUCUCCAGCGCAGUACGGACAUCGCCCGAGGGUUCAUCCAGAGAUGUCGUAGAUGGUAAGAAGAUCCACCUCAACUGCACUAGAUAUGAACAGUGUGUCCAACAGAAUGGCCAAAGGUGAGUGACAACCAACCAACAGACCGGUGAGUCAAAGACCAACCAACAGAUCGGAGAGCCAUCAACCAGAAAACAAGACCAGCCAACAGACCGGUGAGCCCACGACCAGCCAACAAACCUUUGAGCCAAUGACCAGCUGACAGACUGGUUAGUCAAUGACCAGGAAACAGACUGGUAUACAAACAACCAACAAACUAUUUGAAUAACAUACUAUAUGUUAUGAUAUUGAAAAACACAUGAUAUGUUAUGAUUUCUAGCUAGGUGUCUAAUGUUAGCUAGGUGUCUAAUGUUAGCUACUGUAGGCUAAGAGUUAAGGUUAGGGGUUAAGGUUAGGGUUACGUUUAGAAGUUAGGUUAAAGGGUUCAGGUUAGGGGAAGGGUUGGCUACCAUGUUAAGUAGUUGCAAAGUAGCUAAAAAGUAGUAAGUAGUUGAAAGAUGCUAAUUAGCUAAAAUGCUUAUCCGUUGUCCAUGAUGAGAUUUGAACUCGAAACCUUUUGAUUGUUAGACAUUUACGUCAGUAAACUAAUUUACCGACAUCCUUUAAAUUCUUUGAAUUCCAUAUAGUUCUGCUUUUUUGUGAGCUCAACGUGCUGUUUCUCUAGAGAGAAAUUCAAUCAUUAAUGAGAGAAACGUAGUCAAUGGGCGCAUUUGAGCGGAUCACUUUUGUCAAGUCGAUGACCAUCGUUGCGCCUACGCGUCGACUGCAUAUACUUUACAAACUACCAUGACUUCAGUCUGCAGCCAUCACCUGCGUUGUGGGAGGAUCUAUUGUCAUUGACUCAAACAAACGUUACCAAAGACAUGAUUGAAAUAGGAACACAUUUUGAUAUAAUUCAUAUAUACAGUUGAGUAAUUCAAAUGAAUUUGAUAUUUGAGGCUGUUUCUCACUGAUUGCAGUUUAUAAUUGUUGAAAUAAACAUGGCUCCAAUCCCCAGAACACACACUCACAAAGAAAAACUUUUAUUAAAAAUGGCAGCACUGCCAUGUUGAUCUGAGCCUUGCUGUUGGAAAACCACAUUAGUGUCUGACUAUGGUUGUCACAGAUGCACCUCCUCCGACCACUCCUCAACUUUCGUCAACAGUCAGUUGCUUUCGUUUUACCCCUUAAACACACCUAAUAACUAUGUGGGACGCCAGGCAAAUAUUCAACCUAGUUCAGCACAGAACUGUGGUAAUUAUCUACAAUUACCAUAAUCCAUUGCGCAUGUUCUUCCCAGUCCUGGACAGAGGCGGAUACACAUAGACCAGAAGGAUAGAGACAGUUCGUGAGGUAGCUCUACCCAAUUGAUAGUUGUAGUAGUUGGUAAUAAGCAGUCUUGAAAGUAUGCCUUAUCUACUUUCAACAACUAAUACAAUUAUUUUGUCAGCCACCUAGUUACUCACCUAGCUAAAAAGGUUGACUUGUUCAAUGGGAUGCACAGAGAUAACUUUAGAUGGAUGUCUGGCUGACAGACUGGCUGGCUGCUACUGCCUGAGCAGAGAUGAGAUGAUGAAUUAAAAAUAAUACAGUCAUCAAAUUAAAAUGAAGUAAUAUACACAACUGAAAUAUUUUAUUAAAGUAAAGUUAUGGUUAAUAAUGAUGGCAGUAAUGGGCUACCAAAUUACCAUCAUGGUAUUUAACUAUAUUUGUAACUAUUUUUUCUGUGUUUUUACAACAUUCAACCCACUGUCAGUGUCAGGAAAAAAAGGCAGGCGAUGGCAUCAAAAAUAUGUUAAUGUCAUUAUUUAGAAAUGCAUUUAAUGUUUAAAAAAGUGAUUGGUUAAAAGAAUUAUCUCAAAUAACACUUAUCGCUCUGCACUACAAUACAGUGACACAUUUUUUUCCUCUUGCAAAUACAGUGACAACUUGAUCAAAAGCAGAAACACAUGAGCAUAUAAGGAUAAUAUUAGACAGCAUGGACACUGGCAUGUAAAUAUAUCCCAAAAUGGACAGCUGAAUAUUACUUCAUAGUUUCAGAGACUCUGACUAUAGAAUAGAAAGCUUUGGAACAUCACAAUGCUGAGGAAUGAAAAAUAAGAUGAUGUUGAUUAUACUUUUUGUGUAUACACUUCCUGCAUUAUUCUUCAAUUUACCUUUUGAUUAUUGAUAAAUGUAAAAUAUGUCAACACCAUGUACUAAAUGUAACUAUGUCCCUCAAUUAAUUUUAUCAGAGUCAAUGAGAUCCAUAUUUUUUGUUACCAAGAGGAUCACAUUUUUUUAUUCCUUUGUUCACAAUAAGGGUUCCCCUCUGUUUUUGAUUAAUGUGAUGACUGUGUGUUGAUAUCAAACCAUUGAAUUUUGAAUAAAAAAGAAAUGGAAAUAAAUAA